ACUUGUCUACACGGUUUCUGAUGACGAUAAUCGACGUGGCACCUGUUGAUAAUUUAAAAACCACUAGUAUAACUGUCUGUAAGCAGUAAAUUUAACGUUUGUGCAGCUAUUCUCCAUUUUGAGAUCAGAAACAGCGACUCCGGUAUUAGCUAGCUUUUCAGCGCUAGCUGCUGGUCUCUAAGGGAUAAGCGGUCGUGCUGCAGAUUUAGGUCAUCUUUGCUAUGAACGCCUCCUCAUCCCAGCCUUCAGCUUCAAGCUCUUCAUGCAGAACACUACCUGGAGAUGGGAAUCAGGUUCAACCAAAACCUCCUCUCCUCCAGAUUCUGCGAGUCGCUGGAGCUCAAGAAGAUGUCUUCACACUUAAGGAGGUGAUGCACUACCUGGGUCAGUACAUCAUGGGAAAGCAGCUAUAUGACAAACAGAGGCAGCACAUUGUCCACUGCCAAGAUGACCCUCUGGGAGAACUGCUGGAAGUUGACAGCUUCUCUGUUAAAAAUCCAAGCCCAGUGUAUGAAAUGCUGAAGAAGAACUUGGUUGUGCUUGAUUGCAGUGACGCUGCAGAGAAUCUUUCUGUGGGCCGAGAAUGUAUAGAGGGCGGAGUGGAGGAUCGUGGUCAGGUUUGCGGAGGAGGUGUGAUCCCAACAGGAGCGAUGGCCAGCAGUGAUGUGCCUCUCCUGCUGACACCCUGCCAGAGACGACCCCGCGAGCCUGAUGAUGAAUCUCUUGAAGGCCUGCCACGCUCAGCCUGCAAACGGCCCAAACUGGAUGUUACUCUGGACGAUUGGGAUCUUUCCGGCCUUCCCUGGUGGUUUCUGGGUAAUCUCCGCAACAACUACAGCCGCAGGAGCAAUGGUUCCACUGAUAUCCACACAAACCAGCUGUUCCUGUUACAGGAGGAGGACACAGCCAUUGUGUCCGACACGACCGAAGACCUCUGGUUCCUAACGGAAGGCGGGAGUGAACAAGUGAGUGUGGAGAUGAAAGAAGCUGUCGUGGAAGAAGGGAGCGGUGGAGAAGGAGAAGGUUCCUUUGAGGAAGACUGUGGAGGAACAAAGGAGGAAACGGCUGACCGAGAGAUGCAGGAGGAGCAGGACGAAGACUUGCAGUGUCUGAGCGAUGACACGGACACGGAGCUCUCCACACAGGAUGCGUGGCAGUGUACAGAGUGCAAAAAGUACAACACACCUCUUCAGAGAUACUGCGUCCGCUGCUGGGCUCUGCGGAAAAACUGGUUUAAAGAUGUCCCUCGCCUCGCACAUUCCCUGUCUGUCCCUGACAUCCCGGCGUGCAGUUCUCUCGCCGCCCAAGAUGACGAUGACAGCGACGCAGGCAUCGACGUUCCAGACUGCACCAGGACCGUGUCCGACCCAGUCAUCUUGCCCUCCCACUCUAAAGCUGACCGACCAUUGCCCCCCAUGGGCAUAAACAAAGGCAAAGGACCACAUUCUUUGGGCUCUCACAAGGAGGAGCAGCUCUCAGAAGGGGAAAGUCAGGAAAGUCUAGGUAUGGAGUUUGAAGACGUUCGACCAGAGGCGCUCUUGGAGCCCUGCAAGCUGUGUCGAGUCCGACCGCGGAACGGGAAUAUUAUUCACGGAGGCACCGCCCACUUGCUGACCUGUUUUCCGUGUGCACGGAGGCUUCACAAGUUCCAGGCUCCAUGUCCAGGAUGUGGAAAGAUAAUUCAAAAAGUUAUUAAGAUAUUUAUCCUUUAAAAAGUACACAAACUGAUAAAAUAGAGUCUACAAGUUCUUAAAUAAAGCUGUGUAUAUGUAACAUAUGAAGGCUCAAGGUGCACUCAAACACACAAAUACAACAAACAUGAACAAAAUCCAGCACUUGUUAAGCUUGUUCUGGGGGACAUUUUGGAGUGUUUUUGAAAGGACAUGAACCAAACCCAAGGUUUGCUUUGCUGCCACGUGUAAAUAAGGGAAAUGUUUGUAGUAUUUAUUUAUUUAAUUCACAUGGGGAAAUAUAUUUGAUUCAAAUGACAUGAAGGUUGUGUUUCCCCUUCUCUGUUCCACCAGUUCUCACGCACCAUUUUAAGUUGGUUUUAGUUUUUAUUAUUCUGUUCCAAGGCAGUUUCUUUUAUUUGUCCUAUUUGAUCAAAGUUUUAUAGCAGUCCAGGUGUGGUGUCUUACUUUGUGCCAUUUCACAGUCUUUUUUUUUUUUUUUUUUCCUGAUGUUUGGGAGUUUUGACCUAUAAAGACUAAAGGGGGUGCAAAAUAUGUAUAUAUUUUUAUUUUUUUGCCCUAAAUAACAGAUUUAAUCUUAAUUCUAUCCUACCUAUGUGUGUUUAUUGUGACAUUUGCUUAAAUUCUAGCCCUCUUAAAGAGAAUAAUAGCAAGCUUAACCUGCCAGAGAAUGAAAAGCUAGCAUUUAAGUUUUCUUUUAAAGUUGGGGUGAUGUCUAUGUUCUAUAUUGCUUGUAUUCUAAUGGUUGUUAUGCCUGAAGUAAGUUAAAAUUGUACAUUUAUGUAAAAUUUCAGAAUGCUUUAGGGCCCAUUCUGAACAAGUAUUUAUUUAUGGUUAACCUUUAAUUUUAAUGGGCAACUUUGAAGCAGAAAAAGUUGCAUUUGUACUCAUUUGUACUAUUCUAUUGCCUGAGAAAUGGACAGGAAAUGGGCUUGAUGCUUAAUGUACAGUACCUCAAAUUUAAAGGACAGCAAAGUACUUAUUGAGGACUUUGAGUUAAAUGUUUCCACUGCCAUGACUUUGACCUUAAAUGUGUCAAUAGAAUUUUUUUUGGUGCUUUUUUUCCCCUUGAGGUUGUAAUGCUUUGUGAUCAGCUAUUUUAUUUGUUAUGGAGUGUUCUGCAGUUAAUUCCUUUUAUGUUUAAAAUCAUUUCUCCCCAUCAGAUGCUCGGUAAUGCAAUGCAUGCAGCUCUUGUUCAUUUCAAGAGAGGCCUAAUACCUUUUUCUAAUCCGGUUCAUUCGAGCAUUUUAUGUUUUUGCCAGCAGGUGGACGGAAGAUUCACCUUUGAUUCAGUAGAAAGUCGGCGAUAACCUCUAACCUGUACUUGCAGCAUGGCUCUCGUGGUACCUGCAGCACACAGCACAUGUUUAUGAGCUACGUUGGCAGUGUAAAAAUUGCAAAAAAUCAAAGUUUUCUUCAUUGCAAAUUUGUGGCAUCAAAAGAGAAGCUGAAGAUGCACCUGGCCUUAAAGGAUUGCAGCAGUUACAGAUGUUAGUGACACUAUUCUCAAAUAUGGAUGAUCGUUAUGUUUAAUUGUUGCAAAUAAAAAUUUUAACCUAUAAAA